AUGUGUUUUAUUCAGUGGUACUCCCUGGCGACGGCCCUGCUGCUGGACCUUGUUUGCCUGUUCCGGCUGGCGCUGCUGCGGCAGCCCCUGUCGGUGGCCACUAUGAUGUGGUUUGACCGCGUUUCCGACAGCUCGCAGGGGUCGGCGCUGCUCGCCGUCUUUCUGCUUUACCUGGCGCUGCCGAAGCUGCUUGUGGCCUACGAGCCGCUCAACCGCUGGAUGCUGCUGCUCGCCGCCGUGGGUGAGACGCUGCGCCUGGCGGUGUUCACCGCGCUGUUUGCCAACUUUGAUGGUGCGACGCAGCUGAACACCGUGUCGCUGACCCUCUUCUUUUACAACGCCUUCAUCUACUGGUGGAACUGGGGCGCCGUGCAUAAACUGUUUUCUCGCCAGUUAUAG